AUGUCGACUCCUAUUCCUUCGCCUCCCGGAAUCCCAAUUCUCGGCAAUGUCCUGGACAUUGACCCAAAUAAUGGCAAUCAAAGUCUCCGCCACCUGGCCGACAAAUACGGCCCCAUCUUCAAGUUGAACCUCUUUGGUACCGAAAGAUACAUCAUCAGCUCGGUCGAAUUGCUUAACGAGAUUUGCGAUGAAAAGCGCUUCUGCAAGUCUUUGUCUGGCCCACUGGAACAAGUCCGGAACGGAGUCGGAAGUGGGCUUUUCACGGCCUAUCAUGGGGAGCAUGAUUGGGAGGUCGCUCAUCGAACGCUCGUGCCUGCGUUUGGUCCAAUCGGUAUUCAUGACAUGUAUGAUGAGAUGUACGACAUUGCGACCCAGUUGGUCGCCAAAUGGGCGCGUGUUGGGCCCGACCAGAAAAUCGCAGUCACUGAUGAUUUCACUCGACUGACCUUGGAUUCCAUCGCGCUGUGUGUCAUGGGCAAGCGCUUCAAUUCCUUCUACUCGGAGAAAAUGCACCCCUUCGUCGAUGCAAUGGUGGGGUUCUUGCUGGAAUCUGGACGCCGGGCUUCACGGACGAGAAUCGGGACAUUGCUCAACAGAGGGAGCGAACGGCAGUACUAUCAAGACAUUGACACGAUGAAAACAGUUGCCAAGGAAAUGGUUGAGUACCGCAGAGCGAAUCCAGUCGACAAGAAGGACCUGCUCAAUGCCAUGCUUUUCGGAAAGGACCCGAAGACGGGAGAGAAGAUGUCGGAAGAAAGCAUCAUCAACAACAUCAUUACUUUCCUCAUCGCAGGACAUGAAACAACCUCGGGAUUGCUUUCCUUCACCUUCUACCAGCUUUGCAAGAACCCUGAUGCCAUGCGCAAGGCUCAGCAGGAGGUCGAUUCCGUGGUCGGUAAGGGUCCAGUGACCGUCCAACACAUGUCCAAGCUGCCAUAUAUCGAAGCAGUUAUGAGAGAAACUCUUCGACUGACUCCUACCGCCCCUAUGUUCUCAGUCAGACCACUGGACACUGUUGCUGGACCUGUGGUUCUUGCUGGAAAAUACACCAUUCCACCCGGUGCCUCUAUAGGUGCUCUGCUUGCGAAAGUCGGACGUGAUCCAGUGGUCUAUGGCGCGGAUGCCGAAGUGUUCAAGCCGGAAAGAAUGUAUGGGGAGAAUUUUGCAAAGCUGCCACCCAACGCUUGGAAGCCGUUCGGGAAUGGAGCUCGUGGAUGCAUUGGGCGGCCUUUCGCCUGGCAAGAGGCGAUUCUGGCCGUCGCUCUCAUACUUCAGAACUUUAACGUCAGAUUUGACGACCCGUCGUAUCAGCUUCAGAUCAGGCAAACCUUGACCAUCAAACCAGACAACUUGUUCCUGCGAGCCACUUUGCGCGAGGGUAUCGAUCCGGUGAAACUCGAGAGGAAGAUGUACGCAGGCCUUGAAUCUGAAGACGCUCAUGAGAAGGAACGAAGUGCUUUGGCUAAGAAAGUUGGUGCCGCGGGCAAACCGAUGUUGAUCCUCUACGGGUCAAAUUCGGGCACUUGUGAAGGUUUGGCGCAGGGUUUUGCCAGCAGUGCGGGCAAUCGGGGUUUCAAUGCUACCGUGAAGUCUUUGGACGCUGCCGUCGACCAACUCCCAAGCAACCAACCAGUCGUCGUUAUCACCUCGAGCUACGAGGGCAAUGCUCCCGAUAAUGCCGCAGGGUUCGUGGAGUGGCUCAAAACGGUGGACGCUGCAAAGGUCAAGAAUGUGCAGUUUGCCGUCUUUGGUUGUGGUCAUCGCGACUGGGUGACCACUUUCCAGAAAAUCCCCAAACUGAUCGACGCCGAGUUGGCCGCAAAAGGAGGGAAACAAAUUGCGGAGCGCGGACAAUCCGAUGUCGCCGAGGGAAAUGUGUUUGACGAUUUUGACGCCUGGCAAGACGAGAAGCUCUGGCCUGCUCUAUGUGUUGAUGCUGGUGCUGAUGACAUUUCGGAAGCUCUAGACAUGGAGAUCAGCACCACCGCUCGUGCCUCGCAUCUCCGGCAUAAUGUGCAGGAGGCAUUGGUUCUCGACACCGAGUUGUUGACUGACCCUUCUGUCCCAGAGAAGCGGCACACAGAGUUCAAAUUACCAACCAACAUGACAUACGAGGCUGGAGAUUAUCUUGCUUUGCUGCCAGUCAACAGCAUCCAAACUAUCUCGAGGGUCCUUCACCGAUUCAGUCUGCCUUGGGAUGCAUUCAUGACGCUGGCCAAAGGCGCCCAUACCACCAUCCCAACGGAAACGGCCAUUGCAAUCUCGGCAGUGUUAGGGGCAUAUGUGGAGCUGAACAAUCCAGCCAGUCGUAAGCACAUUGCAACGCUCGGCAAGUACACCAAGGACGACUCGGUUCGUAAAGAGGUUACAGCGAUCACCGAGCCCUUGUCGGUUCUGGAAAUCCUGGAGAAAUAUCCGAGCAUCGAGCUCCCGUUCGCCGUCUACCUCUCGAUGCUGACACCGAUGCGCAUCCGCAACUAUUCCAUCUCAUCCUCGCCACUUCAAGAUCCAACCAAGGUCAGCAUCACUUACUCCGUGGUCGGCGCGGGCACGAGCCACGCUGGCGUAGCGACGAACUACCUCAAAAACCUGCAGCCGGGCUCCCGGGCGCAACUGAUGAUCAAGAAGUCACAUGCGAGCUUCCAUCUGCCGCUGGACACCAAGGCGCCCAUUAUCAUGAUCUGCGCCGGCACGGGCCUGGCCCCGUUCGUGGGGUUUGUACAGGAACGCGCCGCCCGCAUCGCCGCCUCGGGCGGAAACCGCGAUGCCUUCGGCGAGGCCCUCUUGUUCAUCGGGUGCCGCUACCACGACAAGGACCGACUGCACGGCAAGCAGAUCGACGAAUGGGCCGAGCAGGGCGCGGUCAAGGUGUUCUACGCUUUCAGCCGCGAGCCCGAGCACUCUGAAGGGUGCAAGCACGUGCAGGAGCGACUUUGGCGCGAGCGGGACACGACCAGCAAGCUGUUCAGCGAGGGUGCGAGGACGUACAUCUGCGGGAGCGGUGCUUUGGGCAAGGGUGUCGCGGAUGUCGCUGCCAAGAUCGCCAUAGAGGCUGCGAAGCGGAAAGGAAAGGAAAUGACCCACGAAGAUGGAUUGAAGUGGUGGGAUGAUUUGAGGGGAGAGCGCUAUGCGGUCGAUGUCUUUGAUUGA